AUGGAAUCAUCUUCUUAUGAUGAGAAUUAUUCAUUUUAUAGAUCACUGUUUUUUUCCUGUGCUGGUGCCUACAUUUUGUAUUAUUUAGGCUGGGUUGUUAAGAGGCCGCAAUUGCAUUGCAAUGAUAAAUUUAUGAAAUUUGUGGAACUGCACAUACCUGUUUUGACUGAGAAAUUUUACCCCACUAUCUGGUGCAUUGAAGCGAGGUGUCAGACGAUUAUUAGGAGUUUGUUCAAUAGGUGUACUAAUAUCAUUUAUAACAGAGAGUUACUAAGUUUGCCAGACGGUGGUGUGGUGGCUCUUGAUUGGUCGGUUCAUUUUCUCGAGCCGGCCAAUCACAACGAGGGGUUAUCAGAUCGACCGACUAUCAUCAUUCUACCUGGGUUAAUAGGUACUAGCAAAGAGAGCUAUGUUCUUCAUCUUGUCAAUGAAUGUUAUCAUAUGAAAUACAGAUGUGUGGUCUUCAAUAAUAGAGAGAAUGGUGGUGUUGAAUUAAAGACUCCGAAGACGUACUGUGCCACUUACACGAAUGACCUUCACGAGGUCGUCACCCACGUUUCCUGGAAAUUCCCCAAUUCCAGUGUCAUGGCGGUCGGCGUGUCCCUCGGAGGGUUAAUAGUGACCAACUAUACGGCUCGAAUGGGCCAUUUAUGCCCGCUAAAAGCGGCCAUUGUGGUUUCUGCCCCUUGGAAUAUUUUUGAUGCUGCCAAAUCCUUGGAGAUGCCCCUUAAUGCUUUCUUGUUUAAUAGAGUUCUCACUAAUCAUCUUAUUAGUACUGUCAUGAGGUACGAAAAAUUGUUUGCUGGCAAGAUUGACUUUGAUCAUCUCAGAAAGAGUCAUACGAUUAGUGAUUUUGACGAGAGGUUCACCUGCAAGGUCUUCGGUUACAACGAAAAAGUCGAAUAUUAUAAAGAGGCCUGUAUCGAUAACAAAAUAUCAGAUAUAAAAAUUCCGUUACUGGCUCUCAAUUCGAUUGACGAUCCGUUCGCUCCUGGCCAUUGCAUGAUGAAAGAGAUAUCGACGAAGACAUUGUUCAUCACGGGCAAGAAAUAUUUUCUUGUGAUGAUGGAGAAUAAAGUUGAGAAGUUUAUGAAAUUUUCAGAAGUCCUCUUGAAUGGACAGAAGUCGAAGAUAAUAAUGGACAUGACAACAACUGAAGAAUUUUACGAGAAGCUCGUGGACAUGUGUCAUUUCAUAAGUAGUGAUGAAAUCAAAAACCUGGAUUCAAGACCGAAAGGUUCCGGGGGUCAAGGAGGGGAGGGUGGCGACCCGCGAAGUACCCUAAAAAGUGAUUCAAUCUUCCACUCUGAGAGGCGGUACUACUUUGACCUACAGCAAAAUUUCAGGGGUGUUUUUUUGAAGAUGUGCGGGAUGCCUUGGAAUCCCUCCUGA